CGCUUUCCCUCCCCCCUCCCUCACCCGCCCCCGCCCUAAAUCUGUCGCGAUGGAGUCCCCCGACCUGCGCGGCGAUUCCUCUCCCGACACCGCCCCCCGGCGAUCCCAACUCCCCAGGUCCCCUACCGUAGGCGAUAAGGAAAAACAGACACACAUAAGAUUUCUUGUAUCAAAUACAGCAGCUGGGUGUAUUAUUGGGAAGGGUGGAUCGACAAUAACUGAAUUCCAGUCACAAUCUGGAGCUCGUAUUCAGCUAUCACGGAAUCAUGAAGUCUUUCCGGGAACAUCAGACAGAAUUAUACUUAUUUCUGGGGUAUUUAGUGAAGUAAUGAAGGCAAUGGAAUUGAUCCUGGAAAAGUUGCUCAGUGAGGUGGAAGACAGUAAUGAUAUUGAAAGUAGAUCAAAAGUCAGGCUUGUUGUUCCUAAUAGCUCAUGUGGUGCCAUAAUUGGAAAAGGAGGAUCAAGCAUAAAGUCAUUUAUAGAAGACUCACGGGCUGGGAUUAAGAUAUCUCCUCAGGAUAACAUUGCUGGCCUUAAUGACAGGCUGGUUACCUUGACAGGGUCUUUUGAGGAGCAAAUGCGUGCUAUCUUUCUGAUAUUGUCAAAAUUAAUGGAAGAUGCUCACUAUCCACCAACAUUCAACUCACCUUUUCCAUAUUCAGGUGUUAACUUUCCUGGUUUUCCUGGCUUUCCUGUUGGCUACAUGGUUCCUUCUGUAGCAUACAGCCCUAUUAGUUAUGGAUCAAAUGGAUCUGGAGGAAAAUAUCCAAGUAACAAGGGUGUGGCAUCACCUGUGGUUCCACAUCCAUCACAGUCACCUGGUGGGCCUCUUGAAGGCCAGAGCAAUUCAGUAACAAUUGCAAUUGCAGAUGAACAUAUUGGUGCUGUUGUUGGUCGUGGGGGAAGAAACAUAAUGGAGAUAAGUCAGGUCAGUGGAGCAAGGAUCAAGAUAUCAGAUAGAGGUGAUUUCAUUAUGGGCACUUCAGAUAGGAAAGUAACAAUAACUGGAUCACCAGAAGCAAUCCGUGCUGCUGAGGCUCUGAUUAUGCAAAAAGUUUCAUCUAAUUCUGAGAGAUGAUAAAGCUUUUUUUUUUUGGUUUAGGGAAUGUCAGCUGCAUAGUCUGGAUAGUUUCUUUAGGAUGCCUUAAUGGGAGAAUCGUAUUCUUUCAUGCAGUAAUUUUGAAUGUGUUUGGCAUACUGGUAUUGCGACAUGCGUACUCUUUGAUGCAAAAUGGAAGAAAUGCGUUAUUUCCUAUAU